AUGUUUGGUCGGAUGAUGCGUUGCGCCGGCGUCGCUGAGACGAGGCUCUGCCCAGUACGCCGUUGGACAGCUGCUGCCGGGAUAGGUUUCCGCAUCGUCUUCGCUGAGAGGCGCCCACCUACGCCGACGGAGACCGCGGACCUUCAGCAAAUACGGUCGUUCUCCACUACUAAUAUAAAGUCGUGGCUCCAUAGUGAGAUUCGGUUGCGCCAACCAGGCACACAGGCAGCCCGAUUCAAGGGGGCACUGCCUGUCCCCAAAAAGGGUAAGGGCCUAGAAAAGGUGGCCUAAAAAAGUGCUGGGCACCACGCCGUCUGCAGGCUAACCAUGGCCGCAGAUGUCCUAAACAUAGUCAAAACAAUCACAAUCGAAACAACAACAACAACAACAGCCAUACUCAUUCUCCUAAUCCUACCUCUUCCUACUCUUCCUCUGUCUAUUCUUCUGCUUAUUCUUCUCCACCUCCUUCCCGUCGUCCCACUCAGUGUCCCCAGACUGGCAGGGUGAGUUCGCUCACUCUGGCAGUCUGGAAUGUUCGUUCCCUUUAAGACAAUCCGAGGAGCAACCGACCGGAACGGAGGACAGCGCUAGUGGCCCGGGAACUGGCGCGCUACAAGGUGGACAUCACCGCACUCAGCGAGACCAGAUUCUCUGACCAAGGCCAACCGGAGAUGGUGGGUGCCGGCUACACGUUCUUCUGGAGUAGGCAACCUAAGGCAGAGCAACGAGACGCGUGUGUCGCCUUCGUCAUUCGGAACGACAUCGUGGGACGACUGCCCAGCCUGCCGCAGGGAAUCAACGAUCGCCUGAUGAGCCUCAGUCUACCUCUCCGGCGUGGAGGCAAAUUCGCCACCAUCAUCAGCGCCUACGCUCCGCCAAUGAGCAGCCCCGACGCCGCCGCAAGAGACAAAUUCUACGAUGACCUGCACGCCCUCUUGGCGACUGUGUCGAAGGAGGACAAGUUGAUUGUUGUUGGUGUCUUCAACGCCCGCUUCGGCACAGACCAUGCUGCCUGGAGAGGUGUGCUGGGUCCCCAUAUUCUCCGUGGCUGCAACGACAACGGCCUGCUGCUCCUCCGCACCUGCGCAGAACACCGCCUUAUCCUGACGAAUGCGUUCUUCUGUCUGCCGGAGCGAGAGGUGGCCACCUGGAGGCAUCCUCGAUCGCGCCAGUGGCACCUGCUGGAUUAUGUCCUCGUCAGGAGGCGAGACCAACGGGACGUGCUGGUGACAAAAGCGAUCGCGGGUGCUGACGAGUGGACCGAUUAUCGCCUCGUAAUCUCUAAGAUGCGUAUUCGCCUACAGCCUCACAGGGGACCACAAGAAACGCGAUCCCCAGGUAAGCUGAAUAUUGCCUUGUUUUCUUUGCCCGCUCACUAUCUCCAUUUCAGCAAUGAGCUAGCUCAACGGCUAGACAACCUUCCUAUCGCUGCCGCUGACGACGCCACCAUUGCCGAGAACGUCUCCGUGGAAAACCGCUGGUGUCAACAGCGAGACACGGUCCAGUCUACGGCGCUCGCCGUCCUCGGUCGCGCUACCCGCCAACACCAGGACUGGUUCGACGACAACGGCGCCGCAAUAAGAAAUAUGCUUGCUGAGAAGAACCGCUUUCACAAAGCCUACGUAGAUAACCCCACUGAGGAUACCAAAGCUGCUUUCUACUGCAGUCGCCGCCAACUCCAGCAACGACUGCGCGAGAUGCAGGACGCCUGGACUGCUCGCAAAGCUGAGGAGAUCCAAGGGUACGCGGACCGUAAUGAGUGGAAGAACUUCUUCUCUGCGAUCAAAGCUGUCUACGGUCCGCUGACAAAGGGCACUGCUCCUCUCCUCAGCGCUGACGGCAACACUCUCCUGACUGAGAAGACGCAAAUCCUACAGCGAUGGGCCGAGCAUUUUCGAGGCGUCCUCAACCGCCCCUCCGUCAUCUCCGACGCCGCCAUCGAGCGUUUGCCGCAAGUGGAGACGAAUGUGGACCUCGACCUCCCGCCAUCUCUCCAGGAGACCAUCAGGGCCGUGCAGCAGCUCUCCAGCGGGAAAGCACCCGGAUCGGACGCAAUCCCUGUUGAGGUCUACAAGCAGGGCGGUCCCCAACUGAUGGAUCACCUGACUGCGCUCUUCCAAGAAAUGUGGCGUCAAGGUGAAGUCCCGCAAGAUUUCAAAGACGCAACCAUCGUGCAUCUCUACAAGCGCAAAGGGAAUCGCCAAGUCCUCGACAAUCACCGCGGCAUCUCCUUGCUAAACAUCGCCGGGAAGAUCUUCGCUCGCAUCCUUCUCACCGCCUCAAUAAUCAUCUGGAAAAGGGCCUUCUGCCGGAAAGCCAAUGCGACUUCCGUCGUCAUCGUGGGACCACGGAUGUGA